UUCCCAUUGAGAGCUGAAGACAGCCCAGUAGGUGGGAGUUGGCCUGACAAAGGCGUAUUGAAGUACAGGCAGAGUACGGUUUCAAAGCAGUCAGAAAAAGAACGGGAAUGCUGUUCAGGAAAUUCUUCAGGCAUGGGCAGGGACUUGGCUGCGAUUCUGCAGUUGGAAAAUCUGACUGGGGCAGCUUCUGAACACAGGCUGGGCCUGCUCACCCUCUGCAGGCCGGCCGAGCGGCCGCCCCCUUCCAGGCUCUCCACACACGCCUGGAUCGUAGGGGAUUCUCAUCAGCCGCUUUGUGAAGCAGAGGAGAGAUGCCUCAGGAACAGUACACCCACCACCGGGGCACCAUGUCCAGCUCCGAGGGGCCACAGGUAUACAAAGUGGGGAUUUAUGGCUGGCGGAAAAGAUGCCUGUAUUUCUUUGUCCUACUCCUGAUGAUUUUAAUACUGGUGAACUUGGCCAUGACCAUCUGGAUUCUCAAAGUCAUGAACUUCACGAUUGAUGGAAUGGGAAACUUGAGAAUCACAGAAAAAGGUCUAAAGCUAGAAGGAGACUCUGAAUUCUUGCAACCUCUUUACGCCAAAGAAAUCCAGUCCCGACCAGGUAAUGCCCUGUACUUCAAAUCUGCCAGAAAUGUGACAGUGAACAUCCUCAACGAACAGACUAAAGUCCUAACUCAGCUGAUAACAGGGCCAAAAGCCGUAGAAGCUUAUGGCAAAAAGUUCGAGGUAAAGACAGUUUCUGGAAAAUUGCUCUUCUCUGCAGACAACAAUGAAGUGGUAGUAGGAGCUGAGAGAUUAAGAGUUUUAGGAGCAGAGGGCACAGUGUUCCCUAAAUCUAUAGAGACACCUAAUGUCAGGGCAGAUCCCUUCAAGGAACUAAGGUUGGAGUCCCCCACCCGGUCUCUGGUGAUGGAGGCCCCAAAAGGAGUAGAAAUAAAUGCAGAAGCUGGCAACAUGGAAGCCACCUGCAGAACAGAGCUGAGACUGGAGUCCAAAGAUGGAGAGAUUAAGUUAGAUGCUGCGAAAAUCAAACUACCUAGACUGCCUCAUGGAUCCUACACGCCCACAGGAACAAGGCAGAAGGUCUUCGAGAUCUGUGUCUGCGCCAAUGGGAGAUUAUUCCUGUCCCAGGCAGGAACCGGUUCCACUUGUCAGAUAAACACGAGUGUCUGCCUGUGAGAGACGAUGCAUAAUGGACAUUGUCGGCAGCACCCAGGCCUUUUUCGGCUUUAGACCCUGGCUGCCAGCUAUUUUUACUAGAACACAGAAAGCCUAUCAAAGACCUUUUGUGUGUGUGUGUGUGUGUGUGCGCGUGUGUGUGAGUGAGUUUGCGUGUGUGGGUGAUAUAAAUAUAUAUAAAUAUAUAUAAAUAAAUAUAUAUAUCCUCUGUAUAAAAUGAGGUUUCAGUACAAAAGGAACCAUGGGUGACCCUGUGAUAUCCACUGUCAUUGCCAUCGCAACCCCACCACAUACAUGAUAAAAUCAAAACACUAAUUCGGGCCCAAUAUUCCCCAGAUCCUGCAGAAUCACACAGUGUAUCGACACUUACUGAAUAUUCACCUACAUGUGUGAGUAACAGCCUGUCUUUUCCUUUAGUGUCAUUACAAGGCAGUGAUGGCGGGAAUUUGCAAGUCACACCCGAAGGCUGAGACCCUUGUAGUAAAAGCAGACACUUUAUUAGCUUUCGUGCAGCUGGCCAACUUCUCCCUCUUCAAGUUAGGGAUGGGGCAGUGCCGUAGAAGUCAGACAGAGGAACUCAACAUGGCUGUGCUACUUUUGCAUCCAAAUGUAUUGGGCUUUUGUGGUUGGAUGAAUUAGGAGGAUGGAUUUUAGCAAAGUUUGAAUGGCUCACCCAACUCCUGUGAGCUUAUUACUUCCUUCAAACUCACGUAUUAUCCCACAGUCAAAACAGGAGCUGUAAAUCAGCACAAAAUAGGAAAAUAGUUACUCCUCAGUCGGCUAGAAGCUCCUCGAUGGCCUGACAGACUAAGAAUAAAUGGGCAAUAGGUCUUUGUUUAAAGUGGAAAAAAUGGCUCAAAAUCUGUUACAUCCUCACUCCUGUUGACUUUAUCCAACAGACUCCUACCGAAAAUGAUCAGGUCAAUCCAAAUCUUUACGAGUGGAACCCCCACCCCCAAGAGAAGCUAUUUGGAGAUGGAAAUCAAAGAGUGGCAUAGGAAACCAAAUUAUUUUAAAAUAUGUUUCUGGGGACUGGUAGGUAAUUUAGAGGCAUGCGUUUUAUUUUUAAAGGUAUGCACAAACUCUCUGCCUUCAAUCUUCUUAUAUAUUUUUUCAGUAUUGGGAUAUUCAUUUUCCUAAGUUGACCAUUGUUUUCUCUAAGAACAGUGACCCAAGAAUCACAGAUCUAAAGUACCACAUGCCCCCAGAAAUGCUCGCUGAAAAUUAACAUAGACUGAGUCAAGUGUCUUUAUUAGAAUCACUGUGUCGCCGGGGGCCCAGCGGUACCCACUCCCCCAUAUGCGGAAGCAGCUCCCUAAUUCCCGCCAUCAGCUACCUCCCAUCACCCCACUUUCAUCAUCGUGCUCCAGGGUCACCCUGGCCAGCUCUUGUGCUGGGACAGGGGAUUACACCAUCUCUGUUCAAAGAGGGGGAUACGUGCCUAUGCCUUACGACAAUGCACUCAGCAAGGAGAAGCACAUCCUAUAUUUAUCUUGUGUUACCUGUAGUUUAUUUUGAGUGAUUGGAGGGGAAGGGUUUCACAAUGACUGCGCAUCUUCAAAGCUGGUAGGCAAACCAAGUGGCUGACAGAUGUGGACUCCGAGGAGCCUGGAAGGGAGACGUAACUGCUUUCGACCAUCCUGGAUGCCACUUGGCAAGCAGUAGCCCCACAGUCCUAAACGAAGUCAUACUUGUAGGCCUGAAUGGCACUUGUUGGUUGUUUUCUUUCCUCAACAGGGUUCUGCUUUUCCUUACUUCACAAGCAGAGGGGAGGUGUGCCACAGGAACUGAAUAAGAGGUUUGGUAUGUUUGAGAUGCCACUCAAGCAUCGGGCUGAGUUUUGCACAUGUGGAAGGUAAAAGCAAGCUGUGUGUUGCUUAGUCACUUAGAAGUGGGGGGAGGAGGGAUGGUUCUAGCCUGACCAGUGGCCCUGCUGGCUCCCGGACCCCAGGCUCCCCCCCGUCACUCCUGCUUAAUAUCCGUACGGAAGAAUUGGGUUGCUCAAGGGUGAGACCGUAAGAUUGCUUAGUGUGCAGCACUAGGGUCUAAAAAGGAAAACCAUAAAGAGAUAUCCAAUCGCUCUGGCUCAGUAUUAUUUAUAUCCUGUAGGAUCACACCGCCAGAAUCUGCAUGUACCACACCCAGGGUUUUUCCAAGCCAGGAAAGGCCCUCCUUGGCGACUGGGAGCAUCUACCCCCUAUAUCUUUCAGAUCAACAGUAGUACCUAUAAGGUCCUUUGUGGCUAAAUACCUGAAGACAAAGGUUUUUGUUUGUUUGUUUGUUUUUGAAGCAGACAGACCAUCUUUGCAUUUUGUCAUCUCAAGUACAUAUUCUAAGGAUGACAAAGAAACGGAAGGUUCCCUGAACCUCUUUCAUCUAACUUUGUUCUAAUCGUUAAAUGAAAGUCUGAGAUCAGCACCUUGGAAAUUUUAUGCCUAUAAAAAAGACUGGUGUGAUGCCACUUGCAAAAAUUAAUCCUAAAUGUACUCAGAUCACAAAUAGAAUAAAAAGAAUAAUAGCCAAGAAUAGAAAUCAAGCACCUAUGGGGACAGACAUGAUAUAAAAUUCUGAUUUUCAUUUGUGCUAAGUGACUAUGGUAUACCAGGUAAUGAGCAGGAAGUUUGGCGUGGAUGAAAUUAUGUAUUUCAGUUCAGACUUUAGAAUUCAGUAAUUGCAUAUGAAGUCCUUCAAUGUACCUUUUUUUCUCCCAACUUCCUCCAACUAGAAUACCUGUCCAUGGUCAUGAGAAAAAGUUUUACCUGAAUUCUGAAAAAAAAAAAAUCUCUUUUACAUUAAAAUCUGAUACCUUUAA